AUGCCAACAACUUCAAUCGAUUGUUCUCAAAUAUCAACCAUCCUAAAUCCCCAACCCCCCUCCACAGCCACCCCAAAAUCCCCUCAAGAUCCAAUAAUAUCCUCUCCAUUAGGACUAGUCAUUAUAGAAAUCCAAGGUGAAUUAAACCUUCCCACCACUGUUCCAACCAAUAACACUGAAGAAACACAAGAAUAUAUAUCCGAGAAUUUCAUCACUGUCGACAGGAUCUAUGAUGCUGUGAAGUUUGGGAAGAUUGAAUUUGAUACUCGUGAUGAAAAGAAGGUGACAUUAUUCAUUGGGAAAUCACAACGAUUAAUUGGGAGUAUUGUGAAUUUAGACAAACCGUUAGGGGUUUUGAGGGUGCCGAUAAAGAGAGAGGAUGAUAUGGAAGAAGGCUUGGAAGAAGAGGAUGGGAUUAAAUUGGUGGAUGUGGUUAGGAAGAGGAUGAUAUUUAAACAGAGACCAUUACCUAUUAUGUAG